CAUGGUGGAGAAGAGAUAUAAAUGAAAUGAACUAGUCCAAAGAAGACACCCACUUUGAUUAUGACCUUCCUCUUUUUUUCUUAAGAAGAGCACAAGAGAGAGAGAGAGAGAGAAGAGUUGCAUUUGCUCUCCAAUCUCUAUCCAACACAUUCCUGACAAACUCUGAAUAAUAUUAUUUUGUCUGGAAAGCAGAGAAUUACAUUGCAGAAUGGGCAGGCAUUCAUGUUGUUACAAGCAGAAGCUGAGGAAAGGUUUGUGGUCUCCUGAAGAGGAUGAGAAGCUUUUGAAUCACAUCACCAUGUAUGGCCAUGGCUGUUGGAGCUCUGUUCCCAAACUUGCAGGUCUGCAGAGGUGUGGGAAGAGCUGCAGAUUGAGGUGGAUAAAUUAUUUGAGGCCAGACUUGAAGAGAGGUACAUUCUCUGAGCAGGAGGAGAACCUCAUUAUUGAACUCCAUGCAGUUUUAGGAAACAGGUGGUCUCAGAUUGCUGCACAGUUGCCAGGAAGAACUGACAAUGAGAUAAAGAACCUCUGGAACUCUUGUAUAAAGAAGAAACUGAAACAGAGAGGCAUUGACCCUGUUACCCACAAGCCAUUGUUGUCUGAGACCGAAGACGGCACAGCAGCCGGAGGAGAAGAUCAUAAUAAACCUACAGCCGCCACAAACAUCAAUGACAAGCCCAAACUCCUUUCCCCUGCAAGUGCAAUGACUACUACUUGUACAACUUCUUAUCUUCCUCCUCUUGAACUCAUGAAUCACAAUCAAUCAGCUCCCAGUGUAUUCCUCUGGUUCAACAGUCAGCAACAACAACAGCAGCAGCAAGAACUGAAUUGUAACACUGGUUCAUUCAUGUCUGCUACUCCUUCAAUGGGUGGUACAAAGUCAGUGAUGCAUGGAGUUCAGUACUGGGAGGGAAGCCAUUCAAGCAACAGUAGUGCAAGCAGUGGCAUUGAGUUGCAAAGCAAUGGUUCUCUCAUUGAGAGUGGUGGCAUCUUCUCUUGGUCAGAUUUGACAUCUGACAGUGAAGCUCAAAUCCAUCUUGAUGGAGAACCAGAGGACCUCAAAUGGUCAGAGUAUCUUCAAGGCUCCUUCCCAGUUUCUGCAGCACUUCGAGGCCAUGGAGGUCAACCUCUUUGA